GGAGAGGGAGAGGGAGAGACCUGAGAAGGAGCUGGUGGGCGUAGCGCCUCCCGGGACAAACCGCCGCACAGUGUGAAAGUAACUGCAGGAAGAGGGACGCGUCGUUGGAGCGGAUUUUUUUUGUUUUAACGUAAUAGGGGACGGAGGCUGUUUUCUGUCUUGAGCUUGCAGCGCUUUUUAAAGCUUGCCCACGCUGUUGGUGUCCGGCAUAUUUCCUUGGAGGAAGCAAUGCGGAGAGAGGAGAGAGGUCAAGACAAAGUCACUUCUGGCACUGAAAAGAGGUGAAAACCCGCUAAUAACGGAUUGAUUUUAUUUAAAAAGUGAACUCUUGCUUUCUAUAUAUAUAUAUUUUUAACACACAAGAUAAACCGUUUAGGACGCAAUAUCAGCCUCCAUCAUCCGGCUGGGAUUAUUGUUUUUUUUUUUUUUUUUUUCCUUAAAGGCAAAUGUGGAUCCAAAGCAUGCAAAGAUGAGUAAAAUGUGCAGUAGUGCCAGCUGAAUGGAGGCGCGCGGAGCAUCUUCCACGGAGAGCGGAUCGAAAAUCAGAGCGCACUGUGGUUUCUGAGCUCCGCUCAGCACCAUUCAGACACCGGAUUCCAGCAGUAUCAGCCCUCGGCAGUUGGGUGUUUUUUUUUUUUUUUUUUUUUUUUUUUUUUGUUUUUUUUUUUUUUGUUUUCGCUUCUGAUUAAUCGACCGUGUGGACAAAAACAACAACAACAAAAACAAAAAAAAACAGGAAAUAUCUCAGUAAAGAGUGGCCGUGCGCCGGUUUAACUGGAGCGUCACAUCCAUCUUUGCUUUCAUUCCUGUCCCAGCUGAUUUGUGAGCCGCUGUGGGUGAGAGCGGCUGCCACCGGGCGGUUUAGGGGUCUUUUUGGUGCAUGCUCAACGGGAACUAAACUGAAACGCCUUGUUCCCCCCCUCACCAUCCUCAAGGACCCCCGUUGCGCGGCGACAAACACGGAGAAAAGUGGAUAUGAUGGCUUAUUUGGCUUAAAGACGCGCGUGAGAUCAGGAGGAGGAUUAUUUAAGAGGCUCUUUUCUGAGGAGGGGUUUUCACCUGGCUUAUCAAGCGAAGAGAGAUUACACCGGGAGACGCACAGAUUUCAAUUCAACAAUACACCUUUGCAAUGAGAUGGAAAGGAGAUUUGCAUAAUGGAUGUGCAGCUGACAAAAGUGCAAGAACUGUCUGAUGCUAAUCGUGUCAAUGUGGACCAGUCUUCCGAGGAGUCAUUCUGAGACCUUGGUGAAACUUUACCUUGAAGAAUUGGGCAGUUCUGAAGGGCUUUGGAUCCAUUUUCCUCGGUACUUCCUCUUUUCUGUCCAUCUACCUGUCACUGUGACUGCAAUUUAUCUUCAUGUUGAGUCCUAAUCUAACACACCUUAUCAGAUAGAGUUGCCCUGUUUCCUGGGGAGGAUAAUGGAACGGCUGUGGUUCUCUUUUCUGUUGCUGGCAGCAGCAUGCAGAGGACAGUCGUGUCCAAAACGCUGCAUGUGCCAGAGCCUCUCUCCAUCACUCGCUAUCCUCUGCUCCAAAACAGGUCUGCUCUUUGUUCCCACUGCCAUCGAUCGACGCACAGUGGAGCUACGUCUUCAAGAAAACUUCAUCACAGCGGUCCGAAGAAAAGACUUUGCUAACAUGACCAGCUUGUUACAUCUGACGCUGUCCAGAAACACCAUAAGUCAGAUUCUUCCUUCAGCAUUCAGUGAUCUGCGGCGACUGAGAGCUCUCCAUCUGGACUCCAACAGGUUAACUGUGAUAAAGGACGACCAUUUCAAUGGUCUCACCAACCUUCGCCAUCUGAUAUUGGCCAAUAACCAGCUCCACUCCAUAUCUCCUCACGCCUUUGAUGACUUUGUGACUACUCUCGAAGAUCUAGACCUCAGUUACAACAACCUUGACCAGGUGCCGUGGGACACGAUUGGGCGUCUCACCAAUGUAAAUACCCUGAACAUGGAUCAUAACCUCAUAGAGAAUGUUCCCCAGGGAGUUUUUACCAAUCUACACAAACUGGCCAGGCUGGACAUGACUUCUAACAAGCUGAAGAAGAUUCCCCCAGAUCCGUUGUUCCUGAGAAUCCCAGUAUAUGCCAAGUCGAAAGGCUCCCCACUCUCUUCUCUUGUGUUGAGUUUUGGUGGAAACCCACUGCAUUGCAACUGUGAGCUUUUGUGGUUAAGGAGACUGACCAGAGAAGAUGACCUCGAGACGUGUGCCUCCCCUUCAGAUCUCAGCGCCAAAUACUUUUGGACAAUACCAGAAGAGGAAUUUAUUUGUGACCCACCAGUUUUGACUCGAAAGUCACCUCAUACUGUUGCUAUGGAAGGCCAGCCUGCAAGUCUAAAAUGUAAAGCAAAUGGAGACCCAGAGCCUGAGGUCCACUGGAUCAGCCCUGAAGGCCGACUUAUAUCCAAUGGCUCCAGAACUUUAGUUUUCCCCAAUGGAAGCCUGGAAAUCAACGUCACGUCCCUGAAGGAUUCAGGAAACUUCACGUGCAUCGCCUCAAAUGCUGCAGGUGAAUCCACAGGAAGGGUGGAGUUAGUCGUCACAGCAGUGCCUCAUCUUGCAAACAGCACGAGCCGCAGCCGAGAUCCUUCUUCUGAGCCGGCUCCCUCCGACAUCCUGACCUCCUCCAAAGUUGCAAUGCUUAACAACGAAACAAGAGGGGCUGACAGAAGGGUAUCAUUGGUGGAGCUCACAGGAAACUCUGCCCUCAUUAGAUGGAGCAGCCAAACUCCUACAUCCGGAGUGAGGAUGUUCCAGGUCCAGUACAACAGCUCCGGCGAUGACACGUUGGUUUACAGGAUGAUUCCGUCCACCACCAAUGAUUUUCUUGUCCGGGACCUUGCUGCAGGACGCAGCUACGAUCUCUGUGUCCUGGCUGUAUUUGAUGACAUCAUCACAUCGCUGACUGCAACUCGACCUUUGGGCUGCCUCUCAUUCACUACAGACACUGAGUUCAGUCAGUGUCAAGCACUUCAUAGCCACUUCUUGGGUGGCACUAUGAUCAUCAUCAUUGGAGGAAUUAUAGUUGCGUCUGUGCUGGUUUUCAUCAUUAUUUUAAUGAUCCGAUACAAGGUUUACAGUCAUCAAGGCACUGGCCAUGGGAAAGCAACCAUUGCAGGGACAGCGCCAAGGCCACAGAGCAACGGACAAGGAGGCAGCCAGGUUCAAGUCCUUCCUCACUCUGCCUCAAAGAUGACAGACAGUCAGGACGAACAGGUGCUGUUGCCAUCUAGAGCUAUGUCACCUAGCAACACUACGAAAGACACUGUGGCAUUGGUCGAGGAGGAGAGCAGCGAACAGUGCGUCAUGGCAAAGACGGACUCCUUAGCUAAUGAGGAGUUGCUCUCCCCAACCAAGACCCGCUUCUCUUCCAGGGUUUCCAUUGAGAUGAAAAUCAGACCACCAUCUGUCACCAAAGAUCCCUCAUCUCCCAUGGAACUAGCAGUAGCAGAUGGCAGAAGGCCUCACAGUGUCGAAUGGAGAAACUUUAAGAUCUGAAAGGUCUCUUGACCUCAGGAAGAUAUGGCGCCAACAUGACCCUCAAAGAAGCCCUGAAGUUGCUCUUCUGGCAGAUGUGGAAAAACAAACAUCACCAGACAGAAGAAGGUGGUGAAAACUCUCAAGACGAAAAGGCCCUGAAAGCCCAUCUCCCUGCAUCUCCUGUUUCCUGCAUCUAUUUCUUUCUUUCUAUGAAUAUCAUGAUGUUAUAGACCUUUGCAGUCCGAUUUGCUUUCAAGUGCUUUUACUAGUUAUCGCAUCUGGAUUGGACUACCAGUCAAGACGUGGUGAUGGUGGGAUCAUCAGAAUUACUUGUAAUCUAAGGGCAUUUUUCGAUCAGUAUCAGCGGGGAAAAGUGGAACGCUGAGGGGGAAAAAAAUCAGCUGAAAAACAACACCGGCCUAUGAUAAUUUUUAACAAUAAAGUGGAUAGAAAAUGUGAAGUAACAACCACUAUGAGGAGCAGCAUCAAUACAGACUGAGUGGAUGGUACAAAGACUCAGAAAAUAAAUUCAUCAUCAAUAAACAGAACAUGGAUUUAAUGGUAAUCACACACUGGCAGGCUGUACAUUUCAAGUCUGAUGUUUUAUACAAACACACCCUAACCUGACACAUGGGACAUAUGCAGAUGAUGACUCUGUGAGGCUCUAUUUUAUUAAUCAAUACUGAAUAACACAGUUCUGUUAAAUGUUGAUAAACUAAGCUGUUCCACUGGCUGCUGAGCUGGAAGUGGAUCUGCACCGUGACUGGGCCACGCUAUCUCCUAAUUAGAAUCCAACCUCUGGAAAUGACAAGGUGGGCAGAAAAAACAAACUGAUCAAGACUCCUGUGGAGAGCACGGGACAAAUCUGGACACACUGGAGCCUACUCUGGAAAUCUAUGUUGAAUCAAUAAGGGAUGAUCUGUGCUAGACUGCACAGUUCUCUGUGUGCUACUGCUCAAGUCCUGUAUGCAUCGUUUAUCACUGGACGGGGUAAAGACCUUAAGGACUGUGAUCGACUUCUCUCACAUCUCUUCAGAAGCCUCUAAGCAGAUCCAGUCCUCGGAUAGAAAGCCACUUGCUGAGAGCCAAGAAUUACAAAUGAAGGAUUCGGAAAUAAUCUUAAGUAGCAGGGUACCAGAGCACAUCGGUCAUUAUUGAUAUCGUAUAUCACUUUAUCAUAGUGUCCGUCACUACAUGUCACAAAACGGUUUAACGUGAAGAAAAAAAAUGCAGUAUGACCAUAAAGUACUCUACAAGCUGUGUUAUUAACAUCGUGACUGCUGUCAUUCAGGCACAAUUUGUCUUCAUUAUCACAACAGAGUACAUUUAUGUGCACACGACACUGGUGAUGGCUACACAAAUCUCAGUUUUAUUUUUUCUCAACAAUUUCACCUCUGAAUAUGUAUUGCUGUAAACCAAUAAUCACUAUUAUCCGGGCUUCUCUGUAAGAGUUUCUCCCUAAUUUUUGAUAAUUUUACAAGACAAAAUGAGAUUAUUGGCCAAAUCAGAUAUAUACUAACCUUGUGUGUGCACCUAUUUGCACUAGUUUUUGUUUCACAGUGUCACCAUAUAUUUGGCCAUGUUCGUGUUUGCACAGUUCCCUGCUGAUGUAGUUACAAGUGGUAGACCAGGAUCUGGGUGGAGAACCAUAAAAGACCCACGCUAGAACAUGCACACCACAACAAAGAAGGAAAAACAAAAACAAAAAACAUAAAUUCCUAGUCCUCACUUCUCCCCUCAUGUGUUCCUCUCACUUUUCUGGGGGGGCUUUAUAUUUUCUAUGUGUACAUAAAGCAAUUCAAAAUCUAUAGUUUUGUACAUGUAAUUUUUAUGGUGUGUGGAUAUUUUCUAAUAAAAGGAAACAAAAUGAAUUA